AUGGAAAGGAAGACAGUAAACAUUCAAAGAAGAAGAAAAUCUUCAUCGACAAAGUCCUCAUCACGUGAUAAAGAUACAUCUCAAUCACAACAUAUUCCUCUGGACUUAACCAUUGAGAUACUCUCUAAACUUCCUGCGAGAUCUAUUGGGAGAUUUCGCUCCGUCUCUAAGCUUUGGUCGACCAUCACCACAAGUCAAGAUUUCAUCAACUCCUUCACUACUCGGUCCUUGGCAUCGCCGCCUUCUGUAUUGCUAUGCGUCUGUGAAGGCUGUGAAGGCUCUAAGCUGUUCGUUUUCUCCUCUACCCUGAACAAGAAUAGUUCUGGUUGUCCUCUUUCUUGUGUGGGAAGUUAUCAAUUUACAAACCCUGAUUUGGGUAGCCUCCAUCGUUAUUACCUUUUAAAAUGGACCCAAUGCAGAAGAAAACGCUACGCUUCAGUGAGGAACAGUAUUAGACAAGUCUUGUUUGAAGGACUUGUGGGUGAUGAUAUUAGACGCCGCUGUGGAUUUGAUAAAGAACGUUUUUACAACUUGAAGGUUUGGCCAAAUCACAUUGAGAGUCUCGUGUCUUUUUAA